AUGGCGUCCCGCCGGCGGACUCCGUGGGAAGACAAGGUGGCGGCGCUCGCGAUCUUCCGCACCGUCCAUGGUCACUGCCGCGUCCCAGCCGAGUACAAGGUCCCGGCGUCGGCGCCGUGGCCAGCGCGCCUGCACGGCCUGCUGCUCGGCUCGAUCGCCAUCGCCAUUCGCAUCUCCAUCAAGUCCUACGCGCCCGACAGGUUUGCACUGCUCGAGGCGCUUGGCUUUGUCUGGUCCUUGAGUCGCAUCGUGUAUCGGAUGCCCUUCUUCGUCGACGGCGUGCGCUGCUUGCAGAGCACUGAGCUCUCGGCGCUCGUUGCCGCGCUCCAGGCCUACCGCGCUGCCCACGGCAACCUAGAGAUACCCAAGGACUUCGUCGUACCCACCGACGACGACGCAUGGCCCAGCGCAGCCGCCGGCCUCUUGCUCUAUUGCGCGCCGCAGAUGGUCAUGUGCCACUUUUACGAGCUCCCAGCGACCGACGUCAGCGUCGUGCACGGCCUCGGUCUCUGCCCCGACCUCCUCGCGUGGCAAGACGUGCUCAAGGGGCUGGCGCUCUACAAGGCGCGCGCUGGGAGCAACGCGAUCCCGAUCGACUUUAGAGUACCAUCAGACGAGGCGUGGCCGUCCGAGCUCCACGGCCGAGCGCUGGGCGAGCUCGCCUGGUACCUCGGCCGGAAGCGCGAGGGGCUGCCCCGAGAAAAGCGCUUUCAGCUCGACGACCUCAAGGUCGAGUUCAACGCACAUGCAACGUGGUCGCGCGUCGUCGACGGCCUCCGCCACUACCAACACAUGCACGGAAGCACGACCGUUCCCGCAACGUUCGUCGUCCCCGACGCUCCCGCGUGGCCCAACGUCCUGCACGGCCUGCGCCUCGGACAUCUCUUUGGUCUCGUUGCCCGCGCUGCGGUGUUGCGUGUGCUGCCGCCGGUGACGCAGCAAGACGUCGAGGACCUCAACCAAGGGUCGCCCUUGAACGACGCGACGCCGCUCUAUGACGUGGCACUGCGAGCGCUCGAGACGUUCCACAUCAUCCACGGCCAAGUGGACGUCCCGAAAGCCUUUUGCGUCCCGAUGACGUCAUCCUUGUGGCCCACGAGCUGCCUUGGAUUCCAGCUCGGCGCUGUCGCCGUCUUGCUGCGCGAGUCGUUGUCGCUGCACCCUGACCGCGUCGCGGCGCUGGACAAACUCGGUUUCAAGCGCCGGGUCGUCGUCGCCAAGGCAGCCGACGUAGUGGAUGACGACACGAGUGACGUCGCCGGGGUCAUCGCAACGUCUGCCAUGGUCGUCGCUAAGGACGACAAUGACGCGAUCGAUCCGCCGCGUACAGGCGCCACCGUUGCCCGGGGUAUCCACCAGUGGUCGUGGGAAGACAAGCUCAAGGCGCUCGUGAUUUUUCGACAAGUACACCAACACGUCGCCGUGCCCUCGACCUUGGUCAUCCCCGCGACAGCAAGCUACCCGAGCUAUUUGCACGGCUUGCCGCUCGGCAGGUUUGUGAGCCGCCUGCGCCACGGGUCCAAGCAGCUGCGGCCCGACCGUCUCCGCGACCUCGACACCAUCGGCUUUCUCUGGCGCCUCCGGGGCUCCGGCUCGCGCUGCCGCGUCCGAUGGCCGUACGACCCCGACACUCAGAUUCGACCGGUGGCGUUCGAUGCGCUGAUCGAAGCGCUGGUGACGUUUCAGCGCCUCCACGGGCAUCUCGACGUUCCCGACGGCUUUGUCGUGCCCGACGACGCUGCGUGGCCAGCAGCUGCGCACCACGUCGUGCUCAACUGCGUCAUCCCGUUGCUUCGGGCCCAACUCUACGAGCUCACGGACGCCGACGCCGAGCGUGUGCAUGCUGCCGGUAUCGUCACUGACCUGCCCGACUUUGCGAUGCUUCUUCGUCUCAUCACGAUCUACCGCCAAGUGUUUGGCACCGGUGCGAUCCCGCGCGACUUUGUCGUGCCUCCAACGACAGGCGACGACUGGCCCGACGCGUGGCGAGGCCUCGCGCUCGGCGACCUUGCUUGGAGCCUUGGGCUCAAGGCCCGUGUACUCGACACGGUGCGGCGCGCGCGGCUUCACGCCACGGGCUACGUCUUCAACUCGCCGGCGACGUGGGCGCGCAUCGUUCGGGGCUGGCGACAGUACUACAAGCUGCAUGGAUCGACGACGGUACCGUUAUCGUUUGGCGUGCCGGCGUCAACCGAGUGGCUCGCGGAGUUGCACGGUCUCCGGCUCGGGCACUGGGUCGACGUGAUCACGCGCGCUCGAUCUUUUCGGCUGCUGCCAGCAGAGACCGUCGCGGCCAUCGAUGCGCUAACAACAAAGGACGACGCGACUGAGGCGCCCAACGCCGUGUUGCCGCCAACUCGGACGCCAGAUGCCAGUGCCACGGUCGUUCGCGACGUGGUCGCAGCUCCAAUCCCGAAGGAGGCUGUCGACACGCGGCGUCUGAGCGUCUACCUGAGUCUACUGGAUGCGUGGCUGCAGAGUCCGCAGACCAGCUGCGAGUCGACGCUUCUCGGUGCUGUCUCGCCCGCGUGCCCUCCAGUGCUGCAAGCCAUGCCAGUGUGGGCGUGUCUGCUCCGUCUCGAGGUUGGACGAGUGUUUGAAGACACAAAUCACCGGCCUCAACUCCGCGCCCGCGGCAUCGACCUCGACGCGCGCUGGCGGUCCAAGCUCGAAGCGCUCGCGACGUUCAAGGCGAUCCACAACCAUUUGCGAGUGCCGCAGUCGCUCGUCGUCGAAGCCACCGAUAUGUGGCCGGCGACAAUGCACGGUUUUCCUCUUGGCGCUGCGGUGGCGUGGUUGCGCAAGCUGACACAAGCAGGAGUCGUCGAGUGGGCCGCCGCGCAGCUCGACGCGCUCGGCUUCAAGUGGCACUUGGACGCGGGUACCGUGAACUUGGUCGACCUCACGCACCUCAACGAGACAACGCACACCGCUACGAUCUUAGAGUCGUCUCCAGGGGACCUCUGGGACUCGAGUCCGACACCGGUGGUCUGCCUCGAAGAGCCGACCGAGUGGGCUGCCUUUCUCGAUGCCCUGCGCCAGUUUCGCGAUCACUACGGGCACUUGGACGUCCCGUUUGACUAUAAGAUGAGCGCAGCGCUACCGCUCGGCCACUUGCUACAACAACUGAACAACGGCCACGUCCGGAUGUCACGGGCCCGACGGGCCGCUUUGGUAGCUCUAAAGACGCCGACAUAA